AACACAAAAAGUCCCAUAGUUUUUCAAAGAUAACCAUUUAAUUUCUCCCCUUAAUUAGCUUCAAGACUCAAAUAAAAAUGGUGGAGAGAGAGCAAGUCAGACCAUUAGCUCCAGCAUCCGAGCGGCCGAGCAGCGACGACGACGAGACAACGUUAAGCAAGAGACGAUUUCAUAAAAGAAGAUGCAUCAAAUAUUGUGCUUUCGUAUCUAUCCUUCUUCUCAUUCUAGCCAUAAUAAUCAUCAUUUUGAUCUUCACAGUGUUCAAAAUAAAAGACCCUAUUAUUAGAAUGAAUGGUGUGACAGUGGAUAAACUAGACCUUGUUAACACUGGCACCAUUCCCAUGCCCAAACCAGGUUCCAACAUGACUAUAAAAGCUGAUGUAUCAGUAAAGAAUCCUAAUUAUGCAUCAUUUAGGUAUAGUAACACAACCACCACCAUUUCCUACCGCGACACGGUGGUCGGGGAGGCGCGGGGCCCACCGGGGAAGUCGAAGGCACGUCGGACUAUGAGGAUGAACAUAACGAUUGAUAUUAUUACGGACAAGAUUGUGUCACACCCUAGCUUACUAUCUGAUAUAAGCACUGGUUUGCUUACCAUAAAUAGCUUCACAAGUGUUGGUGGGAAGGUCAAUUUGUUGAGGAUGAUUAAGAAACAUGUGGUCGUCAAGAUGAAUUGCAGUAUCACUGUGAAUAUUACUAGCCAGAGAAUUCAAGAUCAGAAGUGCAAGAAAAAGGUCAAGCUUUAAUCAGGAUAUUAAUGAGUUUCAUGAUAUAUUUGUUACUUUACUAGAUAUUGUUUUUGUGGAAUUCUCCAUCCUACACUCAUCUAACUCCCUUUUGAGUUCUGUAUACUAUUUGCUGUUCAUUAUGAGGAGUUUCUGGGGAUGGCUUAGAUGUUACUAUAGUGCUAAGUUGCUCGGACUCGGGUGCGGGCAUCCGAUACGGGGACGGAUUCGAGUAUCGGAUUCGGCAAAAUCUAAAUUUUAAGAUUCGGGGGUACGGAUACGGAUAUGGAUACGGGUGCGGAGAUUCGGCUAAUAAAAAUAGAGAUAUAAAAAUAUUGUAAAUUUGGAGAGAUAUUAUGUGAAAAACUUACAUGAAUAUUGUAGAAUUCAAUCUUUCAUUCUCCAAGAUGGACAUAAUUCUUUCAUUGUCCUAAA